GAGUGGCCGCCAUCUUUCUUGAGGGCAGAGCUCACCUUUUCCCGAGAGCACGCUCAGGAGGGCGGUCCGUCAGGGGACCCGUCAGGGAGGGGAGACUUGCCCGCCCGCCCGCCCGCCCACUCGCUGGAGUGAGCUGGGCGAGAGCCGCAGGAGGAGGCUUCAUGGCGGCUGGGGGCGCGAAUGCCAUCCUGAGGGGGCUGCUGCGCAGACGACUUUCCAUAUAUCGUGUUCCCAGUCUCAGCUCGAGGCUGAUGUCGGCACAGCCAGAGAAACAGGAUGCUCUGGGGAGCUAUGAGACCCUCAAAGUGGAGCGGGUGCGAGAGAAGGUGUUGCACGUGGAAAUCAACCGGCCGGAGAAAAGGAAUGCCAUGAACAGUGCCUUCUGGAGGGAGAUGGUCGAGUGUUUCAACAAGAUCUCUCAGGACUCGGAAUGUCAUGCGGUGGUCAUAUCUGGCGCUGGGAAAAUGUUCACUGCAGGCAUCGACCUGAUGGAAAUGGGCAGUGUUUUCGUCAUGAUGGAGGGCGACGACACUGCCCGCAAAGCCUGGAACGUUCGCAAGAAAAUCCGGGAGUAUCAAGAAACCUUCACGGUGCUGGAGAAGUGCCCAAAGCCUGUCAUCGUCGCUGUCCAUGGGGCCUGCAUCGGAGGAGGUGUGAACCUCAUUGCAGCCUGUGACAUCCGCUACUGUACCCAGGACGCUUGGUUCCAGGUGAAGGAGGUGGAUAUCGGGCUCGCGGCCGACGUCGGCGCCUUGCAGCGUUUGCCUCACAUCAUCGGGAACCGGAGCCUGGUGAACGAACUGGCUUUCACAGCCCGGAAGCUGAUGGCUCCAGAAGCAGAGAGUUGCGGCCUUGUCGGGUACGUGUGUCCUUCCUGUGCAUCUGCAUGUUUUCUAAAGGGAGUUCCUCUUCUGCGGCCCCUCUGCAGGAGCCGAGGAAGUUAAUGUGGUGCCAGCAGU